AUGAAGAUCAACAUCAGAAUUCCAGCAAUCUCAGACGAUAUCCUUAUCCUCACUGUACCAGACAACGCCACUGUUGAUGACCUCAAGGUAGCUGCUCGGGUGGCCUUUAUUCCCUCCACCAACGAAUUAAAUGCUUGCACGAAAAUUAACGCCUGGUAUAGUGGCCAUAAGUUGGAACAUUCGAAAUCCCUCGCCUCCUAUAACAUCACACCGGAAUCUAUUGAAUUCAAUUCAAAUUUGCUAGUCUAUUUAACCACAAACGACUCGGAAAUGAUGUUGGAACGAAUAAGGGCAGAAUCGUCCGCUCUUGUUGACGACGAGGCCGCAAGUGUCGACAUUCAUCCUGUCCAACUUAAAAAGGCCAAAACCAAAUCAAAGUCAAGAUCCAAAUCGAAAUCCAAAAAAUGCUCCUUCUUAAAUUGUAAUUCGACCCCUUUAAGAAUGGUUGGUGAUUGUCAGUUUUGCCAGGGGAAAUUUUGUUCUAAACAUCGGCUUUUGGAGAGCCAUAACUGUAAAGGCUUGAAAAUUUGCAAGGAUAAAUGCUAUGAAAGAAACGCACUCAAAUUGCAGUCCGAGCAGACCGUUGCAUCAAAAGUUUGA